CACACACUGAGCAGUGAAACUAUGGCAGGUGACAAGGGUCCUCUGGGCCAGCUCAAGGACCUGGUGGAGCUGAAGGACCAGCUGGAAGACAUUCAGAAACGGAUGGAGGAUGAGAUACAGGCUGGGGUUCCUCCGGGAGGCAGUCUGCUGGGUUCUCCUUUCCUGAAGGGUUUUCUGGCCGGGUACCUUGUUGCAAGGUUCCGCUCUUCAGCCUUGUUUGGUGUUGCCGUAGGGACAUGUACAGGUAUCUAUGCAGCACAAAAUUUUGCCAUUCCCAACGUUGAAAACACCGUCAAAGACUACAUACGCAACUUAAGAGGAGGCUCCAAAUAAGACGAGAGGAAGAAACGUAAGAAGAUUUGAAGAGCAGGAGAGACGUAUACAAGCUGAGGGUGCCACUACAGCUGCAAAUGGGAACAGAUAGUUUUUCAUGCAUUUAUUUUUUCAACAGUUUCAAUUUUCAUCUUCAACACAGGAAAAUUCUGAAGUAGCAAGUCAAUUUAUAGAGUAAGGUAAAACAGUUCUUUUGAAUCAGUUGAUCAUCUGGACUCUUGCUAUGAGUAUGGGUGACUGAUCAUAUUAGCAGAACGUGGAAAGGACUACAAUUCAGUUCAUUGAAACAGAGGAGACAUCGUAUUUCUUUCCAAUGUGGUCCAUUAUGGAAUUUUAGACUGCUGCCUGUAAGAGAUUCUUACAAUUAUUAUAGCUGCCAUAAUUGAUUUCUGUCCUCAACCCUAUCGCCACCAAAUGAUGUGCUUUCUAAAGAUUUAUUGAUACAUAAUGAGACUGACCUCUGGGUCUCUCAAAGAAGAAAUGCCUUUUCUUCUGCCCUUUAGUGGUCAGAAGUCAAUUAUAGCAGCCUUUACUAAUGUGCACUUUCUUUGCUCAGGGGGGUGAUAAAGCUUGUAAAGACUUUCUCGCCUCACACUCAUGGCGCUCUUCCAUGUAAAACCCUUUCAAAACCCUCCAUGUUUGGAGGUGUCAGAGUAAAAUCUGGUGUGGUGUGUCUUUGCAGGGACAACACAACUCUCCAUAUAUAAUAGGUCAAUUUUACAUUUUGUAAAACAAUUUUAUUCUUAAAAUAUAGACUUCGUCUUUGUGGAGUUUCAUGGGAAAAUAACCCAUGACUCCAAAAAGUACACACAUCAUUUAAAGAUCAUAGGUAUUUCUCUAUAUAUUUCACCUCAAACUGCAUAGAAAAUGAAAAUAUACGCCAAAGUGAAAACUUUCUUGAAAGAUGUAGAUUUAAUUGCACUUGUUUAACCGAUACAUGAAAGGGUGUUUUUACUCAUUUUAUGAAAAAUAUAUAUUAUUAAGAGUGCCUACUCGGGUCUGAACAUGAUAUUAUCAUCUCAUGCCAUAUGUGCAAUAGCCUUUCCUGAUGGGGUUCGGCUUCUUAUUUCAUAUGCUGGAAACUAGUUGAUCUUUUGAUGCACGGGAUUUAAAGUUGGUACUUUGUCUUCCAAUAAACAAUGAUUUAGUUUUGUGUCCAAGAAAUAUCAAAAUCUGUCAGCGAAAAUCUAUGUUACAGUGACAUGUUUACUAAAAUGUGCUGUCAGCUUCAUGCUUCGAUAAGUUGUUCCUACUGGGAGGUGUUUUGUUUCAUGGGAAAGACAUUAUAUGUGUAAAAUUGAUAAAUGUCAAUAUAACAUCCAUCAACAAUGCUGUUUCUGCAGGAUUGAAAACCUAAUG